AUGCUGAGCCCUCGGCGCAGGGACCGGGACACAGCCCCUGCCCCCAGGAGGCGGGAAACGGACUCCGCCCGCCCGGGACCCAGCACCAGCCCGGGACCCAGCACCAGCCCGGGACCCAGCACCAGCCCGGAACCGCCCAGGCGUCGGAGGAAAGUGGAUUUGGAGAUCAUUGAGCCCAUAGACUUUAGUUCUGGAGAUCACCAACAUCUGGCUCGGAAAGCAGCAGAUAAAGAUGAUCAGCAAUCAAGUCAGCCCUACAGAUCCUCACAUACUGCCGGGCCAGGAGAAACUAAAGAGAAUCCACACGUAAAGGCUACCAAGCAAGGAAAUAGCUAUGUGGUACAAAUUACAGAGGAGAUAACCCCAAAUGAGAGUCGUGAAAACGCAACCGGUCCAUUUUCAGACAGACUCAUCCGCCGAGCUUUCAUUGUAAAAGUGUUCCUCAUCCUGUCGGUUCAGUUGCUAGUCACUGCUGCAAUCAUCAGCAUGUUUAUUUUCUGGAUAUCUUUAAAAGUGUGGGUAAUUGCAAACCCCUGGUUCACCUAUGCACUCUUACCAGCAUUUUUUUGUGUACUGAUCAUUCUUGCGUGCUGUGGGAAUCUCUGCCGUCAGGUGCCUGCCAAUUACAUCCUCCUGGCAUUCUUCACACUUCUUGAAGCUCUGCUGCUGGGGACCGUAUCAGUUUUCUAUAAGGCCGAGGAAGUGCUAUGGGCAACAGCAGCAACAACUCUGGUGACAUCAGCUCUCACCUUAUUUGCUCUGCAAACAAAAUGGGAUUUUACCUUGCUAAAUGGAGUGCUGUUUGUUUUCGUCUUUGUACUUAUGAUCUAUGGAUUUAUGAUCAUCUUCGUACGAUCAUAUUGGCUCCAUCUAAUUUACUCUGCGCUGGGAACGGUGCUCUUCUCCCUGUACCUGGUGAUGGAUGUGCAGCUUAUGGUGGGAGGCAGUCAUCAUCAUUAUAACCUGGACCCUGAAGAGUAUGUUUUUGCUGCCCUGAACAUUUACUUGGACAUCAUCAACCUUUUCAUUUUUAUUUUGCAACUGAUUGGACUGGGACGGUAG